ACUUUUGUUGAUUAGGUUGUUUUUAAGAAUCGAGAUUUUUUGUUCGAUUUCUUUUUGAAGGUUAUAUUUUAGUGUUUUAUUUUUGUUAAAAACACUAUAUAUCCCAUCACAACCUAAAAUACUUACAUUUUUAUAACUGUAACGACUUGUAUUUAAACUUACAAACAAAUGCAAGAUGAAUGAUAACACUUCAAUUAAUUAUGAAUUGUCAUUAAAGUAUUGGGCUGAGAUUCCUCCUACUCUGGAUGGAGUGCUUGGAGGAUUUGGAUUCAUCUCAAAUGCUGAUAUUGAAGGGUCAAAACUGUUCUUAAAAUCAAUAUUUGCUUUAGAUAAUGGCCCUGCUCCAAAUGUCGCUUUGGAUUGUGGUGCUGGUAUUGGCCGAAUAACAAAAUAUUUACUAAUACCGAGUUUUAAAAAGGUGGAUGUAAUAGAACCUGAUGAAAAAUUUAUUAAUGCAAUAGAGGACUUUGUUGGUGAAAACAAAAAUCAAGUUGAAUCUUUAUAUAAAGUCAGCCUACAGGAAUUUAUACCAGAGAAAAAGUAUGAUGUUAUAUGGAAUCAGUGGGUUUUAGGAUAUUUAACAGAUGAAGAUCUUGUACUAUAUCUAAACAGAUGCAGAGAGGCAUUGACUGAAAAUGGAGUUCUAGUUGUUAAGGAAAAUGUCACCUCAUCAGGUGCCAUAGAAAAAGAUGAGGCAGAUUCAUCAGUGACUAGGUCUUUAAAAGAUUACAUGAGAAUUUUUAAAAAAGCAAAUUUAAAAAGGAUUAAACAAUGUAAGCAAACCAACUUUCCUAGUGGCAUUUAUCCUGUUUAUAUGUUUGCUCUUGUACCAAACACAAGAAUACCAGAAUUAUCUUAUGCUACUAGAUUGAGAAGCACACACCAUAAUGCUUCUGACCUAUAAGAAACUAGUAAGUAGUAAAGUUAUGGUUAAAGUAUUAUUUUGUAAAUGUGUAUGUACACACUAUAAGACACAAGAAAUACAAUUUUAAUAAAAUUGUAGAUGUAAAAUAUACAUUUCUAUUUUUAUA